CGGGAUAUCCGCAGGAGGAGGAGGAUAUUUUCGGAGGCGGAAUGCUUCCGACUAGGUAUGCCGCCGGCUAACGUCUCUACCCAUCCUUAUCCACGGAUAAUAUUGCCGAUAUCUGCAAUCUCCCUUCGCUUGAUGAAUGCGGUUCCCUUUUCUCGAUUUGCCCUCCCUGCUUGUCGUCCCUUCGCGGCUAUUCUGCCUAACCUAUAGUCGACCUCCCUUUUCGCUUUCUGUCGGGCUGGCUUACUAUGGAAGUUAGGUAGCGCUCUCCCCCCUCUCUUAGAGGAUGCUACGCCGCCGCUUUCUGCCGGUAUUUGUUCGUGCGUGCGCUGCACUCACUACACGUAGGUAUGCGCGGAGCAAGUAGACCAAGGUUGUUGCGCUGGCCUACCUGCUUGAAGACCGUCCCGUAGGUAUGUUAGGUAGGUACCUAGGUAGGUAAAGUAACCUACCUACCUAUGGGAGGUGGUGUUUAGGAAGUCCUGGACGCGGAGAGAGAGAGAGAGAGAGAUGUAGGGAGAGAGGUGCUUUAAGACCGUCGCCAUCUGCUUUUCCCUACACCUGUGUAUGGGUAGGCAUGUAUGUAUGUACCUGGGUAUGUAAUGGUGGUCGUCUCGCUGCUUCGCGCCAUUCUCACCCGUCUCCAUUCGUCCCUCCUCCACAACACCGCUAUACGACAGGGGAACAAAAGGAGGAGGGGGAAAGCUAUUGAUCAGUCACCCCUCUUUUACAUGCCUCUCUUAUUACCUAGCACACUUCCGCAUUCGUCUGCUUGCCUACACGUAGGUACCAUGCCUACCCAUUGCCAUCGUCGCCAUUGCCAUCGUCGUCACCAUCGUCACCAGUCAUAAAAAAUCACAAGCACCACAUCGCCAUUCUCAUCGUCAGGUCGGGCGAAAACCGGCGAACCAGAACCUCCGUCCUAGCCCGAACCGAC